AUGAAACCCACCAGAUAUCGCACGAGAGAGAACGAACACGACGAGCAGGAGCAGGGCUGCUACAACCGCUACAUCGCGGUCGCCUCUCGUGCGCUCCGUCGCUCCCUCAAGGAGGAUAAGAGAAUCCUUGCUGAGCGUCGCGGCGAGUCUGCCGACAUCAAGUUCGCUAAGUGGUCGAACGGCAAGGCUGGCGAGACCACCACCCUCAGCUCCGCCAACGCUGCUGCCGCCGCCGAGAACGCCACCUCCGUUCCCUCUUCUUAA